GAAACCACUCGGCAGCAUCAGUCAUUGCCUGCUCGCAGCCGACCAUCUUCAGCAGCAGCAAUGAGGAUCCUGGUGUGCGUGUUCCUGUUCGGACUGGCUCUUGCCGAGGAGAAACAAGUCGAAAAACGUGGUCUGGUUGGAUCCCUGGGCAGCUACGACCACGGAAUAAUUAGCGGUUAUGGUGGUGGCUACGGAGGUGGGUAUGGAGGCGGCUAUGAUGGCGGCUAUGGUGGAGGCUUUGGAGGCGGCUAUGGAGGCGGCUAUGGAGGUGGCAUCAGCUCGGCUGUUGGAGGCGCCAGAGUGACCAACAUCGCCAUCACCAAGCAGGUCCCCGUUCCAUACCCAGUAACAGUGCAGCGUACUGUCCCAGUACCAGUCAAGGUUCCUGUCACAGUACCAGUCAACAGGCCGGUACCAGUGCCCGUCCCACAGCCGUACCCUGUCCCCGUGCAGAGGCCAGUCCCAGUACCCGUGAGUGUCCCUAGCCCAGUCCCCGUACCAGUACCACAGCCUGUCGUCGUCAACCAGCCGGUACCUGUCGUCGUGGGAGGCGGAGCUGGUAUUGGCGGAGGUCUCGGAGGUGGCUACGGCGGUGGCUAUGGCGGCGGGUUCGGUGGAGGCUACGGUGGAGGCUACGGUGGUGCCAUCGGCGGUGGCUACGGCGGUGGUUACGCUGGAGGCAUAUCUGGAGGCUAUGGAGGCUACGGGAAAUACAGCCACUAACAUCAGCAGCUCACCCCAACAUCUCAAACAAUACAUGACACCAGAGAUUCAUCUUUCAUUCUUCAUACCUGUUUGUAACUAUAACGGAAAAUAAAGCCAAAUGAUUAAAAAAAGUUA